GUCUUAUGGUUUAUAUUAAAUCCAAAAGAGAAGCAUGGAAUAAGCAGUCCUUUGUAAAAUUGCCCUGCCAUCUGCCUCUUCUUCCUUGGUGGCAAGGCCUAAACUUACAAGAUGGUAGAGAGGAAGGCAAGGAGAGACCAAGUAGCAAAUGUCACUCUGGAUCCAGACACAGCCCAUCCCAUACUCAUCCUGUCACAGGAUGGGAAAAGUGUGAGAAGGGGAGACAAACCUCAAGCCCUGCCCAACAAUCCUGAGAGAUUCAGUCACAUGCCUUGUGUGUUGGGACGUGAGGGAUUCACAGCAGGCAGACAUUUCUGGGAAGUCACUGUGGAAAGUGGGGAAGAUUGGACUCUGGGGGUCGCCAGGAAGUCUGUGGAGAGAAAGGGCUAUUUCAUCUUCAGUCCUGAGGGAGGAAUCUGGGCUGUGGGGAAGUGGGGAGAGAAGUGCUUGGCCUGCACCUCCCCUGAUGACACUCCUCUGUCCCUGUUUUGGGAGCCCAGGAGGAUCCGGGUGACUCUGGACUAUGAAGGGGGACGUGUGUCUUUUUCUGGCGCUGACUCAGGAGCCGAACUCUACACGUUCUCAGGAGCCUCGUUCUCUGGAGAGACCCUCCUCCCUUUCUUUUAUCUGGGGGAAAACAAAACCCAGCUCAGUAUCUCCUGAGGAGACUAAAUCUGCCUCUCAGGCCCAGCAGGAGUUUCUCUCCAGACCAGAGUGACUGACAUAAAAACCAUUUACCCGCCAAGAGCAGGUUGGGCAGUUUUCCAAAGGGCCCUUUGAGAGGAUUCAUUCCAGUCAAAAUCAGCAGAAAUAACAAAACAAAAAUGAGUUGUUCUUGCUUUGCGUUUUCUUUACAUUUCCCAGAAUUCCCUCUGAAGCUCACUUCUUAGAGAGACAGUCACACUUUUAGAAGUCCUAAUAAAUUUUCUCACCUUCAAUCUUC